AUGGCGGAAAAGACAGCCGCUCCUGAACUUCCCUACAAGACCUAUCUGGAGCUGAUUGCUGCGCUGAACUUCUCUCAGCUGCUGAAACAACAGCAGCAGCAACAACAGCAGAAAUUGAGCAGUUCCUUCCUGGGGAGUGACACUAGCCCGUCAGCUUCAGCUGCCUUGAGCAAGUUUUUCUCCGCUCAAAGUGGCAAUGUUCAGCAGCAGCAGCAGCCGCCGCCGCCCCAGCAACCGGAAAGUCUGUUCACCUUUCCGGUGGAAAACAACAGCAACCAGCACUCUUCAUCUCCACCGCUGGGGGUGAUGAGCAGUUGCUCCAGCAGCAAUUCAGCGGCCAUGAUCACUGAACAGUCUGAACUUCUACAGCAGCAACAGCAGCAGCAGCAAAACCAGCGCCUCUGCGAUGCCAUCGAUCUCUCUCGACGACUUUCACCUACGCUGCAGUCUGCAGCAGGCAAAUUGGAAACCUCCUCCUCGCCUGUUGGGGGAGAUUCCUUGUCGCCCCUCUUCUUCAAUCGACUGACCACAGCUGCAGCUGCUGCAGCUGCCGCCGCCGCCGCUGCUGCUGGUCAUGGCUUUUCAACAGCCACAACCGCUGCCACAACUUCUCCAAACGUUCUGACCACGGCGGAAGUGGCCACGGCGGCCGCCCAGCUGGCCAGCGCCUACGCUUCAGUGGCCAGUCAGCAGCAGCAGACAUUGACUUCAUCUGGCGGAUCCUCUUCAUCUUCUUCUGCUUCCGGUAAUGGAGGAGCAGGUCACCAGAAACCGCCCUUCUCCUACAUUGCCCUGAUCACCAUGGCCAUUCGCUCGGCACCUGAUCAGAAGAUCACCCUGAAUGGCAUUUACAAGUACAUCAUGGACCACUUCCCCUACUACCACGACAACAAGCAGGGCUGGCAGAAUAGCAUCCGCCACAACCUCUCCCUGAACGACUGCUUCAUCAAGGUGAACCGGGAGAAGGGCAAACCGGGCAAGGGCAACUUCUGGACGCUCGAUCCCAAGUUCGAGAACAUGUUCGAGAAUGGCAACUUCCGCCGGCGCAAGCGUCGCAACAUUCGCCAGUCGCAGGUGAACAGCGCCUACAAGCGAGCCUCAGUGCCCACGCUGCACCACCACACUAGUCUACACAGCAAUAGUCACAGCAAUGGUCACCUUCUUCCCUAUGAUAUCAACUCAGUGAUGUCUCUAUCAAAACCGCCAAAUCACUUUUGCCUGCCAUUCAAUCAAGGAGGCCACUUUGUUGAUGAGAAGCAGAGCCCCUUUUCGCUCUUUAAACCGCAGUUUAGUCCGCCACCGCCUUCGCUGACACUGCUGAGCAAGUCGGGCGAGCUGAGCAACCUGUCAACGAAAAGUCUCGAUCUGUCCAGCAACAGCUCCUCGGUGGACUCCUCCUCAGGGGGUGAUCUGGAGCAACCGUCCUUAAUGGGCACAAAUAACAAUGGCAACGGU